AUGGCGAUUUCACGUUCGUUGAACACAUUUUUAGGCAUAUCAGGGACUGCGAUUCCAGUGGAUUUGUUGCAUAUUUUGGACAAACAAGCGUGGGUACGUGUACCUGCUGGUGACCUUGAUUCGGUAUGGAAUGCUCUUAGCGGUGCUGUGGUACCUGGUAGUGACCAGCUAGGAGAAGGAGCUAUCUCCGUUGUAAGGGCUUCUCGUUACUUAUCGGCUUUAGUGGGCCCUAGACGAGGAAAAUGGACGUAG